AGAACAUCUCCUCACAUUUCCACAAUGAGGGAAAGGAAGACAAUAAAUCCACUCCAUUCGACAGAUGCACUUCAUUCAUCCACAAAUCUGAGCCAAGGGAAGGAGAAGCUGAGACUGAAACAAGAGGUCGGUCUGAUUAGCGGCGUGUCAUUAAUUGCAGGCACCAUGAUAGGCUCGGGGAUCUUUAUGUCCCCUGAGUGGGUACUGCAUCACAUGGGGAACCCUGCCAGCAGCCUGCUGGUCUGGGCAGCAUGUGGUCUCCUGGCCACGUUUGGAGCCUUGUCGUACGCUGAGCUUGGAACAAUAAUUAAAGAGUCUGGAGGAGAAUAUAUUUACAUUUUGAGGAUUUUUGGUUCUUUUCCUGCUUUCCUUUUUGCCUACACUUCUGUCAUCCUGGUGAGACCAGCUGGUUUGGCAGCUGUCUGUCUGAGCUUUGCUGAGUACGCCAUCGCGCCCUUCUACGCAGGAUGCUCAUCUCCGCAGGUAGCCAUCAAAUGUACAGCUGCUGCCUGCAUCCUGAUCUUAACUGUCAUCAACUGUCUCAACGUGAGGCUGGCGACAUCUGUCAUGAACAUUUUUACAGCUGCCAAACUCCUGGCUUUGUUUGUGAUCGUGGUGGGUGGGUUGGUGCUGCUUGCCAAGGGGCAAACUCAGAGUUUCCAGAAUGGUUUUCAAGGCACGACUGCAGGUAUUGGAACAGUUGGAGUGGCGUUUUACCAGGGACUCUGGUCCUAUGAUGGCUGGAACAACCUAAAUUAUGUAACUGAGGAACUGAAGAAGCCCGAGGUGACCCUUCCCAGAGCUCUGAUGAUUGCCAUUCCUUUGGUUACGUGCCUGUAUUUGCUGGUAAACGUGAGCUACUUGGCAGCCAUGACUCCCUCUGAGCUGCUGUCCUCAGGAGCAGUGGCUGUCACCUGGGGGGACAAAGUCCUGGGCCGCUGGGCAUGGCUCAUCUCGCUGUCGGUGGCCCUGUCCACGUUUGGUUCCUCCAACGGCACCUUCUUCAGCGGGGGCCGCGUGUGCUACAUCGCUGCCAGGGAGGGCCACAUGCCAGACAUUCUGUCCAUGGCUCACGUGCGAUGCCUCACGCCCUCCCCUGCUCUGCUGUUUACAUCUGCAAUGUCUUUAGUAAUGAUAGUAUCGGGAAACUUCACCAGCAUUGUGAACUUUUUCAGUUUUAUGGCAUGGUUUUUCUAUGGAAUGACUAUCUCUGGGCUCCUGUAUUUAAAAAUCAAGAAACCAGAACUGCCAAGAUCUUACAAGGUCCCAAUUAUCAUCCCCAUAACUGUGCUGAUGGCAGCUGUGUACCUGGUGUUAGCUCCCAUCAUUGACCAACCCCAAAUAGAGAUCCUCUACAUCGUCCUGUUCAUUUUCAGUGGCAUCAUUUUUUAUUUCCCACUGGUUCGCUUUAAGUACCACCCUCGCUUCUUACAGACAGUCACUUUACACCUCCAGUUGUUGCUGGAAGUUGCUCCAACUACCAGGGAUGCAAAUUGAGAUAACAUCCUCCCUUCACGUGGCUGCCUGCACCUUCUGGUUUAUCCCAGCACCUUGGUUUUCAAGGCUCAGGAAAUAUUCUUCUGUAAAGAGCAAUGAGUAGAAUGCAAAUGACACUAAGUGUCCAGGUGAGAUGGACUACAGCUGUGACUCCUCAUGUUUCCCUAAAAUUCUGGGGGUAUGUUUUUCUCCUUUUCAGCUCUGCCUUGGCAUUACAUAUAGAUUCCAAAGGAAUAUGUGCUUUUGUAUUUUUUGUCACAAAAAAGGGCUGUAUCUCAGAUUUUAUCUCGUAUUUCAAGAUAAAAGGCAGCAAAAGAUAGACAAUGAAAUGUUAUUCCUAUAGCAGGCUGGGUCCCAUAGCCAUUCCUUACAAUGCCUUUAAUUAUUUACACCUAGUUCUGCCCAUUGUGACUGCAGAACUUCUCGAAUCAAUAAAGCAAGGACUCACUUUGCAUGGCCACAAGAAAUAAAUCCUUCUUCACUCAGGUAUUCAUUCUGGGAAGAUUAUGCUUCUUCCAGUUCCAGGUACACAGUCACAACAAUCCUUUCUCUGUCUCAGAAAUCAUCCCACAUCUCCCACAGAAAACCCUCUGACAUGAGACAAGAAGUGCUUUAAAGCUCUGUCAGUUUACUCAGUUGAGAAUGCACUUGUCAUCUGGGAUCCAUCCGUUCAUGAUGAGGAAACAAGCAGCAUCACUUAAGCACCAACAUUCACCCAUGUGCUUCCUGUGAUCCCCCUGAAGACAAAUAACUUAUUUUUUGACAAAGUCAGGGGGAAAAAAAACAACCAAAAAACCCCUAGAGCAUAUGUGCCAGCAAGAUCCUCUGACUAGGAAUUAAAAAAGCCACAUACUGGGUUACAUUAGGAGAGGUGUAGCCAGCAGAGCAAGGAAACAGUCUCUCUUUGGAUUUAACACCUGAAAUCAUGCAUCCAGUGUUGGGCCCUGCUGUUCAAGGUGGAGUUGUGCAGACCACCUGGGCCCUUCUUUGUGAUGGCAGCUCAGAGCUAUGGUCACAAGCUGUGGCUUCAGAUGGUCAGGCUGGACUUGGAGGCAAUGUGCCCCAUGAGGGCAAUGCAGCCUCGGAGCAGUGUGCAGAAAAGUGCUGAGAUUUCAGUUCUCUUACAUUUUCUUCCACAGCCAUUUCCACCAAUUUCUAUGAUUCCAAAGGCACAGCACUGAAGUCACAGGCUGUGCUCUCACCCACACCUAACACACUGAAGUCACUGUUGAUUCCCAUUAUCCUGAGGUGCAACUGGCUUUUUCCUGCUCUGGGGGAAAGAGAGAUAUAUAAGCUGUUUUCUUCACAUUUUUCCAGAUGAUUUCAGGAUGAUACCUGUCCUGUCAUAGACUAGAAAUGUCUAGGAGUUAGUCCCUAAAAUCCCUUGGUAAAGUACUGGAAUUCCUCCAUAGAACCUGCUGCAAUCCUGCUACCUUUUACCUAACCUGCUAUGGUCCUACAACAGGUCACUUGAUCCUCCAGGCCUCCUCCAGCCCAUCUCAGAGCUGUGUAUCUGAUUACAGUCUCCUUCUGCAAUGUCACCCUUCUGUUCCUCUGAGUGGUGAUACAGCAGCUAUAGGGAUGCACCAACAGUCUGUUUUUCCAAGUGUAUGAUCAUGGAUAGGCCAGAUGCCACUCAUCCAAAUCCUUAGCUUAGCAGUGUUUAGGAGGAUUUCCUUCCACUGAUUUUUACUGGAGUUGCCAACAAAGGCCAAUGAGGGACCAAUUUUUUCCCCUGAAUUCCUUGACAACAUAAAAUUCUUGGGAUGUGUCUCUUAAAGGAGAGGAUGUUUUUAAAAGGGCUGAUGAUGUUAGCAGCUCGAGGUUACC